AUGAGUAACUUAUAUCAUAUUCUAUUACACAUAGUUUUAUAUCAAAUUCUAUUUAUUUUAUGGAUUGGAAAAGUUGAUUCAGGUCAUUCAGAGAAACGUUUAUUAAAAUAUUUAUUUGAUCAAAAACGAUGGGAUGCUCAUAAUCCAAUGGAACGUCCAGUUUCAAUAGAUGGUAAACCUGUACAAGUAUUUCUUAAAUGUUUCCUUAAUCAAAUAAUGGAUGUAGAUGAAAAAAAUCAAGUUCUAUCUACAAUCAUUUGGCUUGAUUUAAAAUGGUCAGAUUAUCAUUUUCAUUGGAAUGCAAGUGAAUAUGAAAAUAUUCGACAGAUAAAUUUACCACCAGAAAGAAUAUGGAAACCAGAUAUUCUAUUAUAUAAUAGUGCUAGUGAAAAAUUUGAUCAAAUUUUUCCAACUAAAGUAAUUGUUAGAAAUACUGGAAAUAUUCAAUGGGUACCACCUGGUUUAUUUCAUUCUAUAUGUGAUAUUGAAGUGAAUUGGUUCCCAUUUGAUUCACAGAAUUGUAUCAUGAAACUUGGAACAUGGACUUAUCAAGGAAAUACAGUCGAUUUAAAAUUACAAUGUGAUAAUGAAACUGAUGAUGUAGAUCAACCAUGUCAUUAUAUGAAUGAUGUUGAUUUAUCUACUUAUUUAGCUCAUAGUGAAUGGGCAUUAGAAAGUGCUUCUAUUAAACGUAAUAUACAAACUUAUGGUGGUGAAGAUCAAACAUACAUUGAUGUUACCAUUUAUGUUUAUAUGCAACGUCGUGCAUUAUAUUAUAUGUUCAAUAUUAUUAUACCAUGUAUGAUAAUGUCAAUGAUGGCAUUACUUGUAUUCACUUUGCCACCUGAAGCAAAUGAGAAAAUUGUAUUAGGUGUUACCACUUUACUUUCAUUGACAAUGUUAUUACAAUUAGUAGCUGAUAAACUGCCACAAACAUCAUCAGGAAAUCCUGUACUUGUCUUAUAUUUCACAUGCACAAUGAUCCUUUGUUCCCUUUCAUUGGUAUGCGCUGUGGUUUUACUAAAUUGUCAUCAUCAUACAGGAGGUAUUGUUUAUGUACCAUGGUGGAUUGAAACAUUAAUUAAUACAUGGUUAGCAAGUGUUCUAAGAAUUGAUCAUGAUCUAUCUGAUCCUUACAAUAAUAAUAAUAAUAAUAAUAAUAAUAAUAAUAAUAAUAAUAAUAAUAAUAAUAAUCACCAUGGUGAUAAUAAUAAAACGGAACAAAAUUUAAAAAAUUCUAAAGAAAAAUUAAUACCUAGUGAAAAUUCAUUUCAAAUGGAUCAAUAUGAUUAUGAUAAAAUGAAUCAUUAUAUACACCUUAAUCAUUCAUAUCAUACUAAUAAUGGUAAUGGUAAUGGUAAUAGUAAUAAUGAUAAUGCAAAACAUGCUACAGUUUGGUCAAAUAUCAUUGAUAUGAAUUCGGAAUUUCGUCCAGCAAUUGUUAUUCAUAAACCAUUAAAACAUGAUCAUACUCGUAAUAGUAAUAUGAGAAAAUCUUUAUUAAUCAAUCAAUUCAAAUUGAAAUCUGAAUUACAAAGUAUCAUUCAACAAAAUUAUUUCAUUGAUCAUGAUGAUCCUGAUCACGAUUAUGAUCCUGAUCAACAACGAUUAUCAACAGAUUUAUCAGGUAAACCAUUGAAUAAUAUGUCUUAUUAUACUACUACACAAGAAGACAAAGGGAAUGGUCGAAUAAGUACAACUAGUCGAUUACAAUAUACAUGCAAAAGAAAUUUAAUUGAAAAGUCAAAAUAUAUCAAUAAAACAAUUCCAAGAUUUCAUUUAUCAUCAUCUAAUGAAUCUCCACAAGAUUCAUCAUUAUCUUCAUCACCACCACCACCACGACUACCAGCAUCGUCGUCGCCGCCGCCGCCGCCGCCGUCAAUUACUGAUCCAAAUAGUUCUAGUCCAUUGAAUAAACAGAACAAUAAUAAUAAUAAUAAUAAUAAUAAUAAUGAUUCUAUGAAUUUUGACAUAAUUCUAUUAAAAUUAAAACAAAUCUCUAAUGAAUUACGUUUUAUUACAUCGGAUAUGCAUAAUAAAGAUAAAGAAAUAAAAACAUCUAAUGAAUGGCGUUUAGCAUGUCGUGUAUUAGAUCGUUUAUGUUUAUUAAUAUUUACUGCAUUAAAUUUAUUUACUACAUUAGGUAUAUUAACAUCAGCACCAACUGUUAUUAAAGCAUUCACAUCAAGAGGUGCACCAUCACAACCAAUGUAAUAGGUGUGCAUGUAUGUAUGUAGGUAUGUAGGUAUGGAUGUGUGUGUAUGUAAGUACGUUAGUAUAUAUGUGUGUAUGUAAGUAUGCAUGUUUUUAUGUAAGUAUGUGUGUAUGUGUAUGUGCGUAGUACGUUAGUAUAUAUAUGUGUAUGUAAGUAAGUAAGUAAGUAUGUAUGUAUGUAAGUAUGUGUGUAUGUAUGUAUGUAUGUAUGUAUGUAGGUAGGUAGGUAGGUAGGUAGGUAAGUAUGUAUGUAUGCAUGUAAGUAUGUAUAUGUGUGUACGUGUUAUGUUGUAAGUGUGUGCGUGUAUGUAUGUAUGUAUGUAUGUGUGUAUGUAUGUAUACAGGUAUGCGUAUGAUAACUUAUGUUGAGUACCCAACAUUUUGUUCAGUUUUUCAAUUUUUACACUGUUUAUGGAUUAUUCUAAGAAAAUAAGCUACUGCUGGUAUCCUUUUCUUUCUCUCUUUCUCUUUCUCUCUCUCUCUCUCACUCUUUGUCUCUCUGUGUGUAUAUGUUACUAGGGGAUUUUAAUGUUUACAAUUGGAAAUUACUUUUGUUUUUUUCCCAUUCAUUUCAUUAUACAAAAUGAUUACAUUUUUAAUUGUUAAUAUUUAAUACAUGUAAAGUUAUAUGACGUAACUGAAUUACAUAUAAUGAUGUUACUAUUUAAAUUGAUCUUCUUUUUUUUGUCUAAAUUUGAUCGAAUACUUUCAUAAUAUUUGGAAGCUGAGUUGAAUGCAUUGGACAGCUGUUUCGUCCUGGUAUGGACGGUGGCGCAAUAUUGUGAGUUGAUUGAAGUUAUACAAUAGCACCGUUGAAUGCCGACCAGUUCAGUGGUCUACAGGUUAAGCAUUCGUGUGAGAGAUUGAAGGUCCUGAGUUCGAAUCCAACGUGCAGAACUAUGGAAGUGCACUAUUGAGGAGUCCCAUAUUAGAAUGAAUUUACUAAAAGAGAGAAACCUAUUAAAUAUAAGAAAUGUCGUCUGAAUUUAAUCGAAUAGUUUCACAGUAUUUGGGAGUCGUGUUGAUGUGAGACAUGAAAGUGGAAGGAUGCACUUGUAAAAUUUUAGCGAAUGAAUUUGAAGUAACUCUUUUUGUUCUAUAUCAUUUCUUAAAUAAUUAAAAGGUAGAAAUGCCACGGAUGAUCAAUUUAGGUUGCCUAGGAAUAGAACUGAACUGUCUUGUGAGAUAGUUUUGAAGAUUUUACGAAAGCACUUGAUAAGUCAUUUAAUUGAACGCUAGAUUCGGUUCCUAAGUUCUUUUGGUAACCGACAGGCUAAAUCUACACAAUGACCUGAACACGACAGAAAAGGCGCGAGAUAUAGAAGAAAGGUUUUACUCCAAAGGUUCGCUUAUGCACAGAAAAUGUGGGGUAUUUAUAGUAUUUUGGAUGGUUUUGGGUUUCCGGAAAUUUCUGGAAGGCUGACAAACACAGAAAUGUGACAUGUGGUUUUUCACUUUCUAGUUGUUUCUGGCCAAACUUCUAUUGAAUGGUAAUUAGAAAAGAUGCUUCUCAAUGUUUUCAGAGCCUUUUCGGCAUUUUUUCAAAGAUUGUUCUAGAUCUUCCGAACUGCAUUGAUUUGGUACAAAUAAUUUGGAACACAAUCAAGCUAUGUAAAAAGAAUUGAUCGUUGGACAUAUAUUUCACUUUAUUUGAAAUUCGUCAAUUCAAUGUACUUUCUUCUAAACAUUGAUAUUUGAAAUGAAACCAGAAUCUAGUGCUUAUUGCUUCAAAUUCUAACUCAUACCUUCUAGCGAUCAGAUAAGUUGGCACAUGUACCAGAUGAAGACUCAUUAGAUGGAUGACGUUCAAGAACUCUAAAUGACCUCGGAAUGUUCAUCUACUUAGUAAGUUUGAAUGAAGAUUAUAAACUAUUAUGAAGAAUAAGGAUUGCAAAUUACAUUUGAUGGUUAAGGUUAGAAAUUAGAUUUAGGGUUUUUUUUUAUCAUGAAAUGACAUCAGUUAUAAUGUCAAUGAAUUUCGCGCUAGAAUCAAAGACCUGAUAUCUUGAAUGGGACUAGUUUGUCUAUAAAUUAUAAUCUCGUAGCUCCUGUUACCGUUUUAAGUUUGAAAUAAUAAUUUAGAACACAGUGAAUAAUUCAAAAUGAAUGUUACUUCAAUGUUAUAAUCUUCAAUAGUUGAAAUCACUGGUCAAUUGAAGCUAGACUAUCAUGGAAAACCUGGAAGCAGUGAACGGGCGUUUCGUCCUAGUAUGGGACUCUUCAGCAGGACGAAACGGCAGUUUUGAACAUAAUAGAAACUCACAAUAUUAUUGACGAAUAACAAUGAAUUUUAUGUUACGCAAUUCGUCUUGUUUUUAGUGACUGAUUUAUUGAGGGGAUAUGCUUGGAUUUCAGUAUUGAUAAUCACAUUGAAAGUUUCAUACAAUGAAUGAUUGCUUUUUAGUUGUUACAAUCCUACACAUCUCUCGAUGUAUCCUCUUAAUUCACAAAGGGCCUAGAUAUUCUUCUUUAGAAUUCGAAAUAGAAUAUUAAUGAUGAGAAUGUUUAAAUAACCAUAAUAAAACUGUGUUAAACCUAUAGAAUAAUUGAUGGAGAUCAUAACUCAUUAGUCUUUAUGAUGAAAUAGAUGGUAUUUCGAAUGACGGUCUCUGAAUUGGAAAUAACUCUGAGAUUUAUCUUGAUAGUUGAUAUGAUCUAAACUAUGAAUCUAUGUAGAAGAGAUCAAUCAUUCACAAGGUCAAAGGUCAACGAACAAAGAUGAUCAGCGUGAAUUCAAACCCAAAUAAAGAUGAUGUAACCUAUCACGAACAAGAUCAUGUAAAUGAUCCAACAUAACAUUUGCGAAAUCACUAUAAAGCUUAUCUCUUGUAGUGUCUGUCAUUAUGUUAAGCCCAAAUACCUCAUUAUUCUAACUUUCGGACAGCCCAUUCUAUUCAUUCUAUUUGAGUCACAUUCUGAUCUUGUUAAUUAUUCGCUUAUCAAUGUCUUGACUGUCUUUGUAUGAGCGCGUAGGCGUAUGCACACUUCUUAUCCCGUUACUCAUCACAUGUCUGUAAUUUAUUUUUGUGGGCUUAUAAAUAUUGAUUAACUCUUUGUUAAAGGGAGAGUUGGCUUACCCACCAUCUCCACCGCGCGGCAAUUUAGCUUCGCUUUCUAAUCUUCGCAUCGUUCCUCCGUUCGUUUGUCUAAUGAACAAUUAUACGAAAUAUAUGCAUUCAAGACUCCAUUCUCGUUAUUUGACUUAUUUAAUUCCGUUAUGAAUAUUAACUAACGUGAUUUAAGUCAAUGAUUAUAUACGAGGAUAGACGAUAGCAACCAAUCAUUUCACGAUCAAAUUGGAGACAGAUCACGGGCCACUAAAAUGGUGAUCCCGCCACCACAAGCGAACACAACAGGCUACUAAACUCUACAUGAAAUAAGCACUGAUGAUGUACAGAAUGAUCAUGAAAACUCUAUAAUUUAACCAUUUAUCUCAAAGAUCUCAAUAUCAUUAUAAAAGAAGACAAUUGAUUAAAUGAAUAUCACGAAAUUAUUCUCUUUUUUUUUGUUUAUAAUUUCCUAAACAAAAAAAACUCAAAUCUAAAUAAGUACAUUAUCGUUAAAAAGACAAAGAUAAAGUGUGUGUGUGUGUGUGUGUGUGUGCAUGUACGAAAGAGAUAGAGAGGGGGAGGGGGUAGAAUAGCAGUCAAUACAUUAAUUCACAUAUUGAAUAAUCAAUAUCUGAAUUCAAGUUUACAAUAUCUACAUAUUAUAAAUAAAAAGACAAUUUAUAUCAACAACC